GCGCGCAGGUGGGGAGUCAUGCGGGCUGAUGAGCAGAGGCAGCGGCGCCGCUGACAGCACAUUCAGCAGCAGCAGCAGCAGCAGCAGCAGCAGCAGAUGCCGUCAUCUCGAGCCGCUCCUCAGCUGCUCCGGAGCGCCGUCGGGCAUGCCGUCUCUGCCUGCGUCCGUCGUCAAACGGGACGCCGGUGAAAGGCGCUCGCUGGAUUUUAUGACUUGAGAAACUCCGGCGGAAGUGAGCGGACGGACAAAGCGGCGGUUCGGGAGAUGAGUGUGGCCGGGAAACUGCAACCCGAGGUGAUCGAGCGACCCGCCAGCCUGCCGGUUCCAACUUCGACAAAAUCUGGGAUUGCUUUGCUCUACAAUGAGGACACCAACAAUACCUACGACGUCUGCCUGAAGCUGACCAAAGAGGCAUUAACCAUACAGAAGCUGGACGUGAUUUGUACCAGUGGAACUGAAUCCCAAGUAAAUCACAGAACUGUUGUACUGCGAAGACAAGCAACUGGAGGACUCGGCCUAAGCAUCAAAGGAGGUGCAGAGCACAACGUUCCAGUGGUUAUUUCUAAGAUCUUUAAGGAUCAAGUUGCCGAUCAGACUGGAAAGCUUUUCAUUGGAGACGCCGUCCUUCAGGUUAAUGGCAUAAAUGUGGAAAGUUGCACUCAUGAGGAAGUUGUUCACCUUCUACGUACUGCAGGGGAUGAGGUCACCAUCACUGUGCGCUACCUGCGAGAAGUCCCAUCAUUUCUGAAACUGCCUCUGGGUUCUCCGGGGCUGGAUCACAGUCGAGGAUCCUCUCCGCUUUUUGACAGUGGCCUACAUUUGAAUGGAAAUGAAAACAACGCUGCUCCAUCACCUCCUUCGCCCUCAGCUAAUGAACCAAAGUAUGAGAAACGCUGGCUGGAUGAUGUCUGCAUGCCCCUGUUGAUGGCCAGAGUCUCCAGAUACAAAGCUGGCACAGAUAAAUUAAGGUCCAACUGUUUCCAAGUGUUUGCUUCAGGUGGAACCUGCACCAAUAUUCUCCAAUUUUUCACCGCAGCAGAAAGCACAGACUGGCUCCAAGCAAUAUCAGCUAAUAUCAAUGGUCUGACGCAGGAGAACAUAAAGAUCAUUAACAAACACAGCCCAGCAGAAAAUCAGAUUGUUCACAUGGGCUGGGCUUGUGAAAGCCUUGAAGACAGCACCGUCGGCCGAUCGUCAACGUUCAAGUUCCUGGCACUGAGGGGACCGUAUUUUUAUAUCUUCAAAAGGCCGCCGAUCAGUUCUGCAGACUGGGGAAAAUCUGAAAUAACAUAUAACCUCUAUGAGGUUCUUUUCAAGGUUCACAAGCUGUGGAUGGCAGAGGACUGCUGGCUGAAGGCGCGGCUCUACUUGGGGCUGGAAAAUUCGCCUGAGCAGCAGGACAACGAGCCUCUGUGCUUCAGCAUUCUGGUUGGCCACGGCCAGAGCCACACCUUCAGAGUGGAGCUGGCCUCAGACCUGGCCAUCUGGGAGAAGUCUUUUCAGAGAGCAGUGUUUUUUGAAGUGCAGCGAAUACAGUCCAAAAGCUACAUGUGCAGCAGCCAUGGGACUGUGCUGUGCUUCACCAUAGAUUUUGGAUCAGGCUUCUCCUGCUCAGAGGCUUCAUCAUCGACCAUCCUGUGGCGAUACAAGUUCUCUCAGCUGAAAGGCUCCUCUGAUGACGGCAAAACCAGAGUAAAACUCCUUUUCAAGAAUGCUGAAAGCAAGCAAAUAGAAAUGAAGGAACUGGAGUUUGCAAAUCUGACAGCCGUCCUCCACUGCAUCCACUCUUUUAUUGCUGCCAAAGUGGCCUCAAUGGACCCUCUGUUUGUGUGCAGUCCAAGCUUUUCUGGGAACUGUUUGAACAGCUAAUAAGACCCGUCAUUGCCCAGAGAUGUACUGAAAAAAAAUAUAUAACGUUUUUGCUGUAUUUAUGCACAAACCUUAUAUGUCUAUCUUGUCUUCGCUAUUUUUCUAUCAACAGCUGAAAAAGAAAAUUUGUAAACGCCUGUAAAUGUAAGUAUAUUCCAGUAAAGCAAAACAGUUUUAACCUAAACUUUGGCACAAAUGUAACAAUGGAGAUUUUAGUUUUAUUGUUUAGGAAUAUUUGUUUACUUUCAUGACAUUGAUCUCCUCUUAAUCCAAUAUGGUGUUUAAAUGUCAAACCCUUCACGUGAUGAGAAGAUUUAACAAAUCAUUGAUAAAAAUUCUUUUUUCUACUAAUGAUAAAAGAUUUUAACCAACAAAAUAUUCAGCCCCUCCUAUCAGGACGGAGCUCACAUUUUGCAAAUAACGACACUCUCUUCCCUUCCAACGCACCUUUGUACAUUAAAAACAUGAAAGUCCA